AUGAACAACAAGUCAACAUCCGACCGUCCCAUAUUGUCUGACCUGACAAUCAGCAGCGAUACGAAGCAAAGCGGAGGGGUUCAUAAUCACCCCAUCAUGAUACCCGACGAUGUCGAAAGCCAAGCUCGCGCGACGGAAAGCCACCCGUUCAUCCCGCUAAUGGACACCCAUUAUCCAGUUUUUGACCGAUCCCGCGACUCCUUUACUUCAAAAAAGCCCCACUUGGGAGGUGCGGCAGUAUGGCCAGACGCUAUCCCACACCCGAGUUCCUCCAAUAGUCAUGAUCCUACUUCUCGUUAUUUUAGUGCUAGAGAAUGGUCAGAAGAUAGAGCGAUUCAGAAAAUGAAGAGUAUCAAUAUCGGCGAUCCCAUGAGUUUUCAUGAAAAGUGGACUGUGAAGAAUCAGCCAAAUCCCGACGUAUCAGGUAAAAAGAAUGCAGAUGGAAGCAACUACAAUAUGGAUACAAACAGUGAUUCUUUCCAGUGGAGAGAGAAAGGCGCAAAGUUUUGGGCCUGGAUCUCAAUGCUUUGGGAAGGGACUCCAGGAAUAAUCAUUGAUGAGGCGCACAAUAGAAGCAAUCAUCUUGCAUCUAAGCUGGAGCAGGCUAUAUCACAAGAAUUUGAACAUUAUGUUCAAAAGAAUCCUAAAAAAAGUGGUGGUGAAUCAAAUCAUGGGUCAUCGUUACACAGUCGUUUAGUGUAUUUUGUCAAUACUUUAUGGGGCCUCAAUCACCGUGUUCUGGACCUCUGGGGCGCCGAAGUUGGAAGUGAAAUAUAUCUCGGCGAGCAAGAUGCAAUCCAACGAUGGGCAUUGAAUCUUCUUUUGGUGAAUCAGGAUGCAGAAAUGAUAGAGUGUUUGCAUGAUGGUCACUUUCAUUCUUACAUCACACCUAAAUCAACAAGAAUUAGGGAAUUCCUUUUCAGGUAUUUACUUUCUGAUAAAAACAAACCUGCCUAUCAUGUUCCGAGCAAUAAUUUCGAUAAUUCUGCUCUAGAAGUUUCCGAAAGAGAUGUUCUGCUCAUCAAAGCGGUGAAAAAUGCUAUGGGUAAUUAUUACAAAACUCAGAACAAACGGAAAUGGCUGGAAGUUUUUGUGGAUGAGGAGUACUUUUUGCACAGAAUAGCCAGGAUACAAAGAUACAUCAGCAUUCGUCAAUACAACAGAUAUAAAACCAGGCAGUCUUCAAAUGAGAUAUCAAUCCUAAUACCAUGGAAAGCAAGGUUGGAAUCCGACUUCGUUCGCAUUGGAUUCACUCCCGAGGAUGAAAGGGGCUCUUGGAUAGCAUGUAGAUUGAAUAGAAUUAUUAAAAGCCUGGCCUAUGACAGGUAUGUGGAAGUACCCAAACUGAGAAGUCUCGUACCCGUCCAAGUGGGAAAGGUGGAUAUAUUUGACAUGGGCAAGCUAAGCCCGAAAGUAUGGGCCUGGAUUUCAAUGAUCAAAGUCUAUAAGCAAGACGCAGAUGUGAUGGAGGAUGAAUUGAGAUUGAAUGUUUGGAAAGGAAGAGGGUUUGAGGAUUUGAGAAACAAAGCAUUCCCGGAUACAUUAUUUGACCACAUUAAGGUUGCGUUGGAUGAAAAGACUGAUGAAUUCUUGAAGGUGCUUUGGCUAUACCACUCAAUACUCCUCCAAUUAUGUGGCAGGAAAGUGAGCGAGCCAGCUUAUUUUGAGGAACAAAAGGAGCUCCAAGAAUGGGUUUUAAAACAGUUUGAUAGUAAGAGUGAAGCUUCAAACAAUGGUUCUGAAAAAGUCGACAAGUCUUCGAUUGCAAGAUUCUUAGUUUCCACCGGGGAAAAGAUCAUCUACCAAACUUACAAAUUUUCCCCAGUGAAAAGCAAAGAUCCGGCAGAACUGAUCAGGAUUUCUAAGAGUGAUAUCCAGUUGACCGAAGGGGUGAUUUACGCUCUUGGCUCUUAUUACAAGAGGAAGAAUCCAGGGAAAUGGAAGACGGUUUUCCAAGAGGACCACAACCUGUGUUCGAUGUUUUUCAACUUACAGUGUAAGAUUUUCUCUGGCAAGCUGGAGAAAGAUCAUCAUGACUACUUCGAUCAAGUGGGGACCAUCAAUCUGAUGCCAUGGGAGGAAGGCGUUGGCAAGUUGGAGCCCAAGGAGAUCGAGAAAAUCAAAAAGGAAUCUCCGUUCCAACGCCCAAGAAACUUCAAGUUAGAUUUAGAUAAAUGGCUUCUAGAUUAUGAACGCGUAUCUAGCGUUUGA